CGCUGGUGAUUUACAUGUGGCGCGGGGCAGGCCGGGAAGGGCCGGGUUUGAAGCGGAGGGCGGCAGCGCUGGCGCCAUGGCCGCUCCUGGGCCGGGAGAGGCGGCGGCGGCGGCAGAAGAAGAGGAGCGGUACCGGGGGCUCGUGGCCAGCGCGAAGGCGGCGGCGGCCGACGGGGACCUUGAAGAGGCGCUGCGGCUGUUCCGGCUGGCGGCUGCCAUCCGCCCCAGCGAGAAGCUGCAGAGCCGCAUGCAGCGGGUGCAGGAGGUACUGGCGGCGGCCGAGCAGCAGCAGCAGGAGGAGGAGGAUGAUGAUGAUGAAGGCUUCGUGGACGUGUGCGGCAGCGGCCUGCUGAUCUACGGGGAGAUGCACAGGAAGCUGUUCCAGCACCAGCGGGAAGGUGUUGCCUUCCUGUACCGCCUGCACCGGGAGCGCAAGCCUGGUGGCAUCCUGGCAGAUGACAUGGGCCUGGGCAAGACCAUCCAGGUGAUCGCCUUCCUCUCGGGUAUGUUCGAUGCUGAGCUCAUCCAGCAUGUCCUGCUCAUCAUGCCCACCACCCUGGUCAGCAGCUGGCUGGCUGAGUUCGCUCGCUGGACCCCCGGCCUACGCGUCAAGGAGUUCCACGGCACCAGCAAGACAGAGCGCACCAGGAACUUGGAGAGGGUCCAGAGGAAGAAUGGCAUCGUCAUCACGAGCUACCAGAUGCUCAUUAACAAUUGGAAGCAGCUGGCCAGCCGUCAUGAGCAGGAGUUUGUCUGGGACUACAUUAUUCUUGACGAAGCACAUAAGAUCAAGUGCCCGUCAAACAAGACAACCAAGUGUGUGUAUGCAAUCCCGGCCCACUACCGCAUCCUGCUUACAGGCACCCCUGUGCAGAACAACCUGCGGGAAAUGUGGUCCUUGUUUGACUUUGCCUGUCAAGGCUCCCUCCUGGGAACUGCCAAAACUUUUAAAAUGGAGUAUGAGAAUCCCAUUACCAGGGCGAGGGAGAAGGAUGCGACUCCAGGUGAGAAAGCACUGGGGCUAAAGAUAUCAGAGAAUCUCAUGUCAAUUAUAAAGCCCUAUUUCCUCAGAAGGACCAAGGAAGACAUCAAAAAGUAUCAUGCUGAUAAAGCUGAUUCUCCUCUUUCUGAGGAUCCAAGUGAGAACAAGGCUCCUGUCAUGCCAUCUCUCACUAGGAAAAAUGACUUUGUUGUGUGGGUGUAUCUGGCACCGGUGCAGGAAGAAAUCUACAGGAACUUUCUCUGCCUGGAUCAUGUGAAGGAAGUACUGAUGAUGAACCGAUCACCUUUGGCUGAGCUGACAAUCCUGAAGAAACUCUGUGACCACCCCAGGCUUCUGUCUACGAGAGCCUGUACCCAGCUGGGCUUGGAAGAAGAGGAGGACUCCGAGCAGGAUUACAGGAUGGAAGCAAUUAUGUUUUCAGGCAAGAACAAAAUAGAUCAUCUCUCUGAUGAGACUGUGAUCGAGGAGUCUGGGAAGAUGCAGUUCCUUGUGGGACUGCUGGAACGGCUGAGAGAAGAGGGACACCGAACCCUGGUGUUCUCACAGUCGAGGAAGAUGCUGGAUAUCAUAGAGCUUGUCCUGUCUCGCCGACAAUUCCAGAUCCUGCGCAUUGACGGCACGGUGACCCACCUGACGGAGCGGGAGAGGCGCAUCAACGCCUUCCAGAGCAACACCACCUACUCUGUCUUCCUGCUCACCACACAGGUUGGGGGCGUUGGCAUAACCUUGACAGCAGCCAGCCGAGUGGUGAUCUUUGAUCCCAGCUGGAAUCCAGCAACUGAUGCUCAGGCUGUGGACAGAGCUUACAGAAUUGGGCAAAAAGAGAACGUGGUGAUUUACAGACUGAUCACCUGCGGCACCGUGGAAGAGAAGAUAUACAGGCGGCAGGUAUUCAAGGACUCGUUAAUCAGACAGACCACUGGUGACAAAAAGAACCCGUUCCGUUAUUUCUCCAAACAGGAACUAAGGGAGCUCUUCAUAUUGGAAGAUACUCGGACAUCUGCAACUCAGAUCCAGCUGCAGUCCCUGCACGCCAUGCAAAGGAAGUCUGACCUGCAGCUGGAUGAGCAUCUUGCUUACCUGCAUUCCCUGGCAAUGUUUGGCAUUUCUGACCAUGACCUGAUCUACACAAGGGAGAUGGCUCAUGAGGAGCAGGUGGAGAGCGAGGAAGCCCAUCAGUACAUCCAGCGGAGGGUACAGAAAGCCCAUGAGCUGGUCCAGCUGGAGUCCCAGCUCAGAGAUCAGAGGAUGGAGGGGAUCAGAAAUGCUUGUGAAGAGUCGUGGCAAAGACCAUUUGGAUCAGUUUCCAGGCCAAAGAAGUUGUCUCCAGGGUUGAACGACAAAAAUAAUUUUGUUUCACCACCAGUAGCUGAUGCACAUGAAAAAGACAAAAUUAUUGAUCUUACAGAGGAUGAAGAAGCCCAGGUGCUCAAUGUCAGCUCCAGAAUGGCAACUCUGACUGUUGAGGACUUGGAUGAAGAGCAACUGGCACAAGGUGUGUCCAGUAUGGAGACAGGAGUGCUCAAUACCAGCAAGACAGCAGAACAAUCUGAACAAGAACAAGCAGAACAAGAAUCUGAGCAAAAUCCUGAAUCUAACAUUACACCAUCAUCCCCUGCACUCGAGAAAGAGAGUCAGGGCCUCCAAGAGAAACAACAUUCGCAGGUACAUUCAGAUAGCUCAGCCAAGACAAGGAAUGACCUGUCUUGGCAUUGUCACAAUUCCUCUGAGUCUGGCAUGGCUGAUCCUAGAAGUGAGGCAGAAUUGUCAGUUCAGAUACUUGACCCACACACUGCCCUGGGGAUAGAGCAGAACAAUGAUCCUGAGCCGGCUUCUGCACUGCUGAGUUUAAAAAAUGCUACACCAGAAAUCAAUGCUGAGCUCUACAAGUCUCAUGUGUUAGAAGACAGCUCGGAGGCUACAUCUGCUCCUUCUUUCCAGGAUCAAGUUGACUUCAAUCUGGUUUUGGAAGAGUCUGAAGAAGAAUGGCAGGAUGCCUCAAAUAGAGGAGGAUCGGUGGAACACCCUGAGAAGGAGAGCUUACAACUCCAGGCAGAAAGCUUGUGUAAAUCUCCAGACAAAGAAUCUCCAAACAAAACUUGGCCAAGUGAGACUAGUAGCCAUGGCAAACCCUGUCCCACAGCUGAGGAAGAGCCAAGUGCCUCCCUGCAAGAGAGUAAAUCAUUGGAGGAAAGCAGUGGUCUCUUUACUUUUGGUAGGAAGAAACGCUUAAACAGAAUUUCUUCAGACAGUGAGAGCGAAGAGCAGCCUGAACAAGUGCCCUCCUCUCCCUUGGACAGCAUUCAGCAUGGACAUCUGGAAGGAAUUAGUGCUUCCACCCCUAAAUACGACACAAGAGCUAAAGCCAUCUUUUCUCCCCAGUUACAUAACAGUGGAAACAGGUCUAAUGCUUCCAGGCGCUCAUUCAUCAGCAGGUUGGUGGAUGAGGUGGAGGAUAUUGGGGAAAUCAUGGGAACCACUGAUGAAAAAGAUGAUGAUGAUGAGGAGGAGGAGCAAGAUGGACUUGUGGAAGAUGAAGCUGAGGAGUGCACUGGGGAAUCUGCUGAGCCUGAAGAAGAACCUGAUGGAGAAACACUUGAUACAAGUGAAGAGUCCUCCCACACAGACAGCGUGGAAUCUGAGCAGUCUGAGGCAGAGGAGACAGAGUCAUCGCAGGAGGAAUCCACAGGUGAUGCUGAGCUCCAGUCAGGCGACCAGAUUGACUACUUCACCCAGGAAAGCAGCUCUGAAAAGGACAUUGGGCAGAGCUCCUCUCCUGCUGCAGAUUAUGACACUUUGGUACAGAGUGGGAAGAAACUUCAGAAUGAUGGAAAACUCCAGGAGGCUUUGGACUGCUUCCUGCAAGCUCUUGACAUAAAAAGUGGAGAUCCUGAAGUUAUGCUGCUGACUCUGAACUUGUACCGACAGCUGGCCCAGAAGUGACAGGUAUGUGGCUCUGUGAAGAAAGUCUGGCUGUUCCUUGUGGGUCUGCACCAUGGCCCUGGGAUCCCUGAGCCAGCUCCGGGCUGAUGCCUGCCCUAUACUCAUGGGACUGAGCAAAUUCAGCACUUCCUGCUUGAGCAAACAGCCCAAACAUCCAGGUGUUGGAUCCUGGGGAGGGAACGUCACUGUGGAGUCAACUCACAAGGGUGAAAAUGGUUCAUGUUCCUGUCUAAUUAUUCAAUAAAAGAAUGGUAUUGUUGA